AUGUCAAGUCACAGUGCUUCAUGCUCAAGUGAAAUUUCCGUCGACCUAACCGAUGCCUUUCGAAGUAUGAUACUGAACAAGCGUUUCGUGUUGUGGGAUGAUUUUGAAAGCGCCUUAAAAGAGUUUCAAAAAACUACUUAUACUCGUUACAUCCACACAGAAAGCAGACUGCUGAAGGAUGUCAGGUUCAAAUACCUGUUUGUAUCGUUUAAUUGUACGUUUGGUCAUAAACGGAAAUCGGAAGGUUUGAAAGUGAGGCAAAAAUCGUCUAAAUUCCGUAAUUGUCAAUCUAAAUUCCGUGUAAGACUAGGGGAGCAAGGAUAUGUCAUCAAAUCCUACAACAUGCUCCACAAUCAUCCAUGUAGUAGUUCAUGGAUGGUAUGUGAUCCAUGGACAAGGAGAUUAUCGUCAGAAGAAAAAGAGAACUUGAAGCCCGUAAUACUUCACUGUGAGUCAGCAGACGAAGUUAUCGAAGGCAUUAAGGAGAGAACCGGUAAGCAAGUAACUGCUGUCGAUGUCAAAGGUAUGAAAGCUGGUAAUGGAUAUGCUUAUACAGAAAGGCGAAUUGAAGGAACAUUUAGAAAAUGGAUAUGCCACUAG